AAGUCGGUCGAAACCAGCGAACGAUAAUCGAAGUCAUUCUAAUAGCUCUGGUAAAAAAGCAACAUUUCCAGAACUUGAAGACUUCAUCUUAAAAAGGGAUUAUACGGGAGCAAUAACCAUGUUGGAGUUUUUGAAACAUGACGGCAAUACCGACGUGUGGAUAAAUGCGUGGACAGCAUGGUGUUGGUUCCACCUCGGCGAAUAUAAACGAGCUCUAGACGAAUAUCUUGAAAUUAAAAAAAAAGAAAACCUUACCCCUAGUAUAGCUGACAAUAUCGCAUUAGAUCUUGCUGUUUGCUAUUUCUAUUUAGGUUUGUAUAAUGAAUCCCAAGAUGCUGUCGAAGAUGCUCCAAACUGUCCCUUAAAGUGUCGGCUGCAAUUUCACUUGGCACAUAAACUGGGUAACGAAGAUACAUUGAUGCAAGCUCAUGCAAAACUGCGCGAUGUUCCCGAAGACCAGCUUAGUUUGGCCUCUGUACACUAUCUCCGCGCCCAUUACCAGGAAGCCAUUGAUGUUUAUAAGAAACUGCUUCUGGACAGACGCACGUACAUGGCGCUUAAUGUAUAUGUUGCGCUGUGCUACUAUAAGCUGGACUACUACGACGUGUCGCAAGAAGUCCUCGGCGUUUAUCUGGCGCAACAUCCCACAUCGACUGUCGCUGGAAAUCUAAAAGCCUGCAACCUGUUCAGAUUAUACAACAGUAAAGCAGCUGAAAGUGAUUUAAAACAAAUAUCAUCUGAACAACACACGUUCGGACAAGAUCUCGUCAAACACAAUUUGGUUGUAUUCAGAAAUGGAGAAGGAGCCCUAAAAGUACUCCCAGGACUGGUAGACGUGGUACCGGAAGCUCGUUUAAAUCUAGCUGGGUACCGGCUGCGUCAUCGCGAGCCGUUAGAAGCUCGUGAGCUGCUGGAACCCUUACAGCCCACGUCACCUCUUCACUACAUACUCAGAGCUGUAGUCGCAGUGCGUCUUUAUAAUGAAACAAAUGAUGAGGAACAAAUGAAGUUAGCACAACAGAGUUUCCACGUAGUUGGCAAUUCAGCGUCUGAAUGUGACACUAUACCUGGCCGCCAGUGCAUGGCCUCCUCCUACUUCCUCGCCGGUCUGUUCGAGGAGGUGCUCGUCUAUCUCAACUCCAUCAAAAGCUUUUUUGUUAACGAUGAUACGUUCAACUUUAAUUAUGCUCAGGCAAAAGUGGCGUCCGGCUUUUAUCGAGAGGCCGAGGAAUGCCUGUUAACCAUCCAAGAUGAAACUAUACGCAACUCUUUUACGUAUCUUGCCUGCCUUUGUCGCUGUCAUGUUAUGAACAAGGAAGCUCAGCUCGCCUGGGAGAUAUGUGUUAAGGCUGCAGGAACGCCCGACAGUUUCGCCCUGCUGCAGUUGGUUGCCAACGACAGCUAUCGCAUGGGACAAUUCCUCGUAGCGGCCAAAGCUUUUCAUAUGCUAGACAGGCUAGACGGCGGUCCAGAAAUGUGGGAAGGUUUACGAGGCGCGGUGUGCGGCUGCGCUCAGGCCGUGGCGGCCGGCGCGCCCGCGUCACAGCUGCGCGACGCGCUGGCGCUGCUGCGCGGACCGCGGGCACAUCCGCGCGCUGAACAUAUCGCCAGACCCAUCGCUAGAUGGGCGCAACAGAACAGGAUACCAGUAUGAAGCGUUAGAUCG